GCGGGCUGGGCUGAUGACGGGAGGAUUUAUUAUUUGCCUUCCAAAAAGAGCGUCUUUUUCUUUGACCACGAGUCUCCAGACCACAACAUAAUCAAAACACACCCCGCUUGGGCUGCCAAACACUUUGAAGCAUCAGCAUUUGUGAGAUUUGGUCGCUACUGUCCCACGCUGCAGCCUGCAGGGCCAAACCCUCACGCUGUCGCAGAAUCGCCGCCGCCCGGUGAAGACCUUUGCCAGCAGAGACCAACAAGCACCGCCCUGCACACAGAGACACUCAACAUGGCCGACUCCGCCCAGCCAAACGCGCAGGCGGCCCAGAGCGGCAGCUGGUCCGCCUUCCUCAAGUCGAUCGCCUCCUUCAACGGCGACCUGUCCAGCCUCACCGCACCGCCCUUCAUCCUGUCCGGCACCAGCCUGACCGAGUUCAGCUCCUACUGGUGUGAGCACCCAUCGAUAUUCGUCGCCCCCGCCAAGGAGGCCGACCCCGAGAAACGGGCCCUGCUGGUGCUCAGGUGGUUCUUGACCACCCUCAAGCAGCAGUACGCCAGCAGGAGCGAGCAGUAUGGCAACGAGAAGAAGCCCCUGAACCCCUUCCUCGGGGAGCUGUUCCUCGGCAGGUGGGAGGACGAGGCCGGCACCACGGAGCUCAUCAGCGAGCAGGUCAGCCACCACCCGCCCGCCACCGCCUACAGCAUCACCAACCUGCCCACCGGCGUCCACCUCGAGGGCUUCAACGCGCAAAAGGCCAGCUUCAGCAAGACCAUCAACAUCAAGCAGAUCGGCCACGCCAUCCUCACCGUGCCCGUCCCCGACAAGCAGGGCGAGAAGGAGACCUUCCUCAUCUCGCUCCCGAGCCUGCACGUGGAGGGCCUGAUCUUUGGCUCGCCCUUUAUCGAGCUCGACGGGGCGUCCUACAUCACCUCGUCGUCGGGCUACACGGCCAAGAUCGACUACAGCGGCAAGGGCUGGCUCUCGGGCAAGAAGAACAGCUUCACGGCGGCCCUCUACCCGACGGGCAAGGAGAAGGACGUGCUGUACAGCGUGACGGGCCAGUGGACCAAGUCGUUCGAGAUCCACUCGGGCCCCGCCAAGCACGCGUCCUCGUCCAACCUCGUCGACAGCUACGACGCCGUGGCCGCCAAGUCGACCCCGCUGUCCGUCGCGCCCCUCGAGGCACAGCACCCGCUCGAGUCGAGGCGCGCCUGGCAAAAGGUCGCGGCCGGCAUCCUCAAGGGCGACAUGGACACCGUCGGCCGCGAGAAGGGCAAGAUCGAGACGGCCCAGCGCGAGCUGCGCGCCAAGGAGAAGGCCGAGGGCCGCAUGUGGCAGCGCCGCUACUUCACCGUCCGGACCGACCCGGACCCCGUCCUCGCCGAGCUGGCCAAGUACGUCGGCGUCCCCGACCACGGCGACGGCGACAAGACCGGGGGCGUCUGGCGCUUCGACAGCGCAAAGGCGGACAAGGUCAGGGCCGAGCCCCCGCUGGACGACGAGGCCAGCGCGGCCUUUGCGCAGGCGCACCUGGGCCAGUAGGCCCGUGGUGGGGCGAGCAUGUGAGGGCUGAGGGACAUGUAUGUUCUUUCUAGAUUAGGCACGAGCACCUGGGGGGUGGCAGACAGCAGCCAAUAUGGGAUCCGAUGCUUCGUUGGGAGAACAUGAGGGCCUGUCAGGUGAGGGCCCACGACAAUACACACAAGUCUAAAUUCUGAGGGGGAGGGGGUUCGGGGCUUUAUAUAGUAGAAGAGCAACAAGGAUGUUAUUUCUAAUGUCAUUCCUGUUUCUAGGGACGUUGCACUACACACCAGACCUAGCAGAUCACAUGGGAAAGAAAAGGAAAAACGGGACCGAUUCAUCGAGAUAUCGAUUAA